AUGGCCACCCAGGGGCCGGGGCCUCUCCAGCAGCUGCUCCUUCUGUUUCUGGGUGAGCCCCCUUCCAAGCCUACUUCCCAAGACCCCUACAUCCACCGCCUCUCCCACUGUCUGCUCUUGUCAAAUAAAAACCAUCUAGUUUCAGGCGCGGGAGCAGCCCUCCAUGCAGUGCGCUCUCUUGGGAGAGGCCAGUCCUCCAGUCCUAGUGCAGCCCCGGGCCAGAGCGCCUCUUCCCCCGCCCUCCGUGGGAACUCGACGGUGCUGAGUGGAAAAGCCUUCCUCACCACGGGCCUGAGUGGCAAUGCCUCUCCUCUUGGAGCCUCCGGAGGGAGAGCGCCAACUCCCCCAGGCCGAGAUUGGAAUGCGGCCCCGCUCCAAGUCCCUUCUGGGUGGUCCAUCCCGCGGGGUCCUGGGGGCCCCUUGUCCGUGCUCGUAGGUUCUCCCAUCUCUCUACACUUAGCCCCAGCGCCAGCCCUGGGCCCACCCAGUCCGCUCGUGGUUUGGCGUCGGGGCCGCACAGUGCUGGCGGCUGGAACUUUGGGGACCGAGGACUCCCCCCCUAGUCUAGCUCCAGCUUACCAGGCCCGGCUCCGCUUUGACCAGGCAACUGGUGACCUGGAGCUGAGGCAAGCAGAGCUGGAUGACAGCGGGCACUACACUGCGGAGGUGAUUCACGCGGGGCGCGAACGGGAACUCCGGGAGAUCACAGUCCACGUAUAUGAGCCGCUGCCCCAACUGGCGGUGGUACCCGCAGACCCAGUGACGGAGGAGGGGGCGACCGAGCUGCGGCUGCGCUGCGUGGGAGCCCGGUCCAGCCAGGGUCAACUCAGCUGGAGCCAAGACGGGAGGCUUCUGGAUGCGGAGGGCGGAGAUGGCGACGGUCCGGCCCGGCUGAGGCCCGAUGGUGUCGACCUGGUCAUCGUGCGUCCGAAGAGGACAGACCAAGCAAACUACACGUGCCGGGUGCAAAGUCCCUUCGGAGCCAGGCAGGCCACAGCAGCUGUCACUGUUCUGUACGGCCCGGAUCCUCCAGUCAUCACCAUCUCCUCGGACCAGGACGAGAGCCCCGCCCGCUAUGUCUCCGUGGGCAGCAAUGUGACCCUGCGCUGCAAUGCCGCCUCUAGGCCGCCCGCCGAGCUCUCCUGGAGUCUGGCUGACCCACGAGAAGCCGCAGUGCCUGCGGGGCCCCGACUCCUCCUGCCCCGCGUGGGGUCAGCCCACACGGGAGCCUACGCCUGCCUCGCGGCCAAUCCACGCACCGGACUCCGGCGCCGCGGGCUGCUCAACCUCACAGUAGCCGCCCCGCCUCCCGGCUCCCCGCGUUGCUCCCUGCAAGGCUCCCCGGGUGACCGAAGCCUUCUCCUGGGCUGCAUGUGGCCCGGGGGCGUCCCUGGAGCCUCAGUGCAGUGGACAGGGCUGCCCCGCGAAGUCCCCGCGGGCCCCGCACCCUCCUCGCUGCUCGUCUCGGUCCCUGCGGGACCACAACUCAGCGGAGUCACCUUCACAUGCCUCGGGCGCCACCUCGCGGCCACAAAGAGCUGUAGCGUCACGCCCAAGGCCCCCCAGGAAGUGCUGCUGAGAUUGGAAACCGAUGGGUCUAGGUCUUCGGAGGCCCUGGUGACCCUGGAGGCCACGGGCUGUCCUCCACCAGCCAGAGUGACCUGGGCUCGAGAGGGUCGGCCACUGGCCCCCGGGGGCGGGGGCCGCCUAAAGCUGAGCCCUGAUGGUCGCAGGCUUCUCCUUGGCAACUUCAGCUUGGAUCAUGAUGUGGGGAACUACUCUGUGCUGUGCAGUGGGGCCCUUGGGGCUGGUGGGGACCGGAUCACUCUCACUGGGCCUUCCAUCUCCUCUUGGCGGCUACAGCCUUCUGAUGGGGCUGCUGUCCUGACUUGGGAUGUGGAACGUGGGUGUGUGAUCAGCGGCUUCGAGGUGCAGGCACGGACAGAGAAGCCAGAAGCAGGCGCCAUAGGCUUGAGUGGAGGUGCCUGGACAUCUUUGCUACUCCUGGGACCCACGGAACGAUCGGCUGUCCUAAUUUUGCCCUCCCAGCCCCCAGGGCCUUGGAAACUUCGUGUUCUUCCCACUCUGGGUGGUCAGCCUGGGAUCCCUUCCUCCAGUCGGACCUACGGGGCCGGUUCCAUCCUGAGCCCCGGGGCCAUUGCGGGCAUUGUGCUUGGCACUUUGCUGGGUUUGUCCCUCCUGGCAGCUCUGCUGAUCCUGCUUGGAUGCUGUGCAUGUCGGUUAAGGGGUGAGCAAAGGACAGCUCUGUUACUUUUGAAUUGAGAAGGAAAGAAGGCCUUAUCACGAAGGAGGUUAAGUGAGCAGUGAG